AUGAGCAGACCACCUGCAGGCGCAAACGCUAAACCUUACUCCCAAGGGUUCCUUAAUGAGACUCAAACUUCUUACAGCUUCCUCGAGGAAGUUACUUACAAAGUUAACCUUAGAUAACUUUACGUGAUAAAAUCAACUUGCUUUAUCCAUAAUGCAAUGGAAUACUGCCCAGUACUUGUUCAGAUACAAUCAGAACUACAAAAGCAUCACAAUGGCGCCAAGUUCUUGCUAUAAGUUUGGAACAGAGCAAACAAAAAGGUUUAUGAGAAACCUUUAAGAUCUGAAAUCACUAAAUGGAACAUCAAUUAUAACUUUUUCAUAUUCAAAACUGAAAAACCAGAUGAAGACAAUGACUGUUUCCACAUUGUUAACUUAGACAAUGGAAACCAAACAAUUCUUAUAGAGGACUUCCUUUAAGAUCCAGAAUGUAAUUUAAAUUUUGCUAAUAAAUAUUAUCUAGUCAAAUACUUUUCAUACUUUGACAACACUUUUUACAUUGCUAGUAGACAGCACAUUAAGUUGCUUAAGCAAGGGAAUGAGUAUGAAAGUGGCGCAGUAGAGAGAAUUACCGUUGACGUUGACAGUUAAGUCCAGACAAUAUCGCCAGAAGAUGUUAAAAUACAUGGACUUUUCAUAAAUGAAGGAGACGAUGGCAAUCAUGUACUCAUUGUAGCUAUGGAAACUCUAGACAAUUAAAUGGACUUUAACUACCUGACAGUUCUAGAAAUCCCCCCUGAUGCCGAAGAGUUCUAGUACAAAUUUGUUUAAAUGAAGGAAAUAGUUCCAAGAAAUGACAAAUUCGACCCAGUCAACAGAUUGGCUGUAGUCUUUGACAACUGGAAUGAUUUUUAUGCACUUACUUCAAGAGAGUCAAACAAAAUUGACUUCUAUUAUGCAGGUAACAGAGUCUCAUCAAUGACUGAACCUCCCAGCGAGUAAGUAAAUGGAAUCGAUGUAUCAUUUGACGAGCUUUACUUCAUGAUGGGAAAGCAUGAUAUCAGAUCAGUUAAGUAAAAUCUCAAUGCCAGAAUCUCAUUUGAUGAAACAGAAUAGAUGAAGAAAGGCUUCAUUUUCCAAAACAUCUUCUACCAGAGAAUUAAGAAUCACUGCAAACUUUUCAAUAGCUUUGUCUUCAUUAAGACUUACAUGCUUGUGGCUCACGGUCAUAUUGUCUCGAGCUUCAAUGUUCUUAAGCAAAAGUGGAUAAAUCACUUUGAAUUUGACAGUCAAGUAGUAAGCAUCUUCAGAAUGAAGGACGAGAAUGAUGAUUUUGACAUUUGCGUUCUCUUAAGUGAUGGCAAGAUCAUCUUCAUUAAUCAGCAAGCAAAUGAGGACCCUGACUCAGAGGACUUUAAUAUUGACACCUCACUUGAGUUGAGCUGCACUGGCAACUUGUUAAAGUUCAGUAAUGACAGAGAUGACAAUCAGUGGGCUUUCAUGCUUGCAUCUGAAGCUAACGAAGAAAAAGAAUCUGGAUUUACAUACACCUUAAAUAUUCUUCACUAGAGAUAGAUGUAUCAUUUUACUGAUGAAAAAUAUCCAUUCCUAUGCAAUGAUACUAAUUUCAUAUUUAUGUUUGCUCCUAGUGAUAAGACUGAAAUUCUUAUACAGUAAAAUGAUAAUGUGUCACUUUAUGAAUUGACUAUGGGCCCAGAAGAACCUGCCGUGAAUUUCAUCUGGCAAAUGGACAAUGUACCAGACCUUGAAAAGCAAAUUCACUCUGGUAUAAGAUUUAAGGACGAUAGAUUUAUGUUCAUUGUUGAUGAUGAGAAUUUCUACAAAAUUGAUAUUAAGACCAAUGAAACAAAGACUUAUGUCGAGCAAAAAUGUGUCGGUCUCUACUUCUCUGACAAUAACUAUCUGUACACACUUUGUCAUCAAACUAACCCCACUGGAUGGUAAGUGAAAUAGUCAGGUUUCAGACUCUACGAUAUUGAGAAUGUCAUUGAAAAGGAUCAAGACUUGUCUUACUUACUCAGCAGUGUUUAAGUAGGUUGUCAGGGCCUUAUUGACUUCAGUCACACCAACCAAAGACUCGUUUUCCUCUCUUCCUAUGACAAUAUCGAGGUCAUUCCUGUACUCCACAGAAAUACGGUUUCAUUCAUCGGUAUGGAAAAGAGAGAAAAGUAUUUGGCCGCUAGAGUGAUUGAAGAUAAAUUUGUGACUCUUGACAGACACAAUGUUCUGAGAACUUGGGGUGUCUUGACUGGUAAAAUUAGAAUGCAGUGGAAUCUAAAGGACAACAAGACUGAUUAAGACUACUCUAAUUUUGAAAUCUUCAUGUGGGAUGAAUACAAUUUCACCUAUAGAAGAGAGUGGUACAAUAAGAUUUUAAUCAAAAGUCUGACCCCUAUUGAAGACUACGAUGAGAAUAUCUUCUUCGAACCACAAUAAACCAAAGCCCAUAUUAAAUCUCAAGUAACCUUCGUCCAAAACACCACCAAAAGCUUCUAUGAGUAUAAACUUAUAGAAAUCGUAAAUGAGAGAGAAAUUAAGGAGCACUGCUCAUUCAUUCAUCCAUUCUAUUAAGAUGGUUAAGUGCAAAACAUAUUCUUCAGUCAAGACACUUAAUAUAUGUAUGAGCAUCUAGUACAUCAAAGACUCUAUAUAUACAAGAAGCAAGUUAUCAGUGGAUCAAAGGUGACAUGGCAGAAAGUACACAGAUUCGUUAACUUCCCAGUGGAUCUUCUAACCCAAUGUGUCUAUCCGUUCUUGUUCUCCAAGGAUUUCUCAAUGUAUCUCGAUGUUGACAGAAAACUUAGAACUUACAUCAUAAGAGACUCAUUUACUUAGGAGAUCAGGUAUUAAAUUCCUGAUUGGUUGCUAGAAAGCUCGAACAAAUUGGAAGGAUUUCACAUGGCAGCACACAGAUUCAUGUGGAUUGACAACGAUACUAUCAAAAUUGUAAACAAAGAGGGCAUUGAGAGGCUAAUUGAUCUAAAGAAUAACUUCAAAGAAAUUGAGUUCAACAGAAUUCCUAUGUAUGACAACGAAUGGUGCAGUAACAAUCACUAUUACAUUGAUGCACCACCUCCAGAGCCCAAACCUGAAGAUGAAGAAUCGAACCCACCACUUACAUUCGAUACCCUUGAAAGACUAAAGAGAAAGUAUCAGCACUAUAAAUCUGCUUACUAUCUUGAUAAGAAGACAGAUGCUCAUUCUUUGUACCAAGUCUUAAACACCGUAGAUUACAAUGUCAGAGAGACGGAGGAGAGAUACAUUGCAGAUUUGAGCUUCACUUUCCUUCAUUGGAACUUGAUGGAACAGCUCGAAAGCGAAGAACUUGAAGCCGAAUAAAUUGAUUAAGAACAGGUUCAGAGACUUAUUUACAAUAUACUUCCCGGUGGAUAGACAUUCCUACACAAGCUGAGUGAAAAGUCAGAUGUUAUUGAAGCAAUCAUGGAUAUUUGCCAGCCAAAUGCAGAAGACAGAUCUGAAAUAAAGUUUGAGGUGCCAUUCUUGGUCAAUUUUGAAGGCUAAUCCCCAAUGGACCUUUUAAACGAAAAGAAAGAUUAUAAAGGACUAGACAUGAUGCUAGGAUAUCUAGCUGGAUACGAUUAUGAUCAUCAUUCAAGAGCAAUUUCACACAUUAUUCCAACUCUUAUUGAAAGAGAACUACCAUCAAUUUGCGAAUAUUUAAAUUCCAGAUUACUUUAAACAGAGCACAUUGCCAAGAUAAAGAAAGGCAUGAUUAAGAGACAUGAUACUCCAGGUGUCAGUGUUUCUUCAUUCUGGCAUAACUAAGAAGACAUUGAUACCAUUCUCUAACCUGCUCCAAUCGAACAGGUACUCAAUUUAGAAUUCGUAGAUAUUCCCUACGUACACACCUACUCAAACAAAGUAUCUAAUACUUUCAUGGCUGCUUUAGCCUCUACAACUGAUAUGGAACUGUUCGAUCAAAAAGUAAUUAGAAAGUUCAUUGAGUAUAAAUGGCCUCUAACUCUUAGAUACACAAUAAGAAAGCUAUUUUUGCCAUUCAUUGGUUUCUUAGGUUUUUAUCUCGUUUACAUGAAUGAAAUUUACUAUAUUAGGCAAAAUGGUACUGCCUAUGAAAUACUUAAUUACUUAUUCGUUGUCCCUCUCACAAUAUUUGCAUUCUAUUUCUUGUUCAUGGAGGUAAAGCAAUUCCAUAAAACUGGCAUCUCCUAUCUCUCAUCAUUCUGGAACUAUCUUGAUUUCACACCCCCUAUCCUCCUAAUCAGUUUCAUUAUCCUUGAGCUGAUUGGAAUUUUUGAUUAUACCCGUUAGCCAAUCAAUGAUAAAGAUGGUAAUCCAACUGAUAAAUUUAUAAGAAUUUAUCAUAAUUAGGAUCUUGAAGCAAGUUUAUAAGCAACUAUGAGCCUCAUGCUCUGGAUAAAGUUAUUGUAUUUCUUCAGAAUCUUCUAGUCAACUGGUUAUUUAAUUAGAAUCAUCACUGAAGUUGUUAUCGACAUGCGUCACUUCCUAUUAAUUAUGGCAUUGACUAUUAUCGCUUUUGGUGAUUCAAUGAGAAGCAUCUCCACAUCUGAGGAAGAAGGCAAUGAAUUCAUUCCAAACUAUUAUGAUGCAUUUACCUACUGCUAUAGAAUGAUCUUGGGAGAUUUUGAUCCUGAGACAUUCGGCCAAGUUAACCGCACAUACAUGUGGAUUCUAUUUAUUCUUUGUACAGUCUUCAACAUGAUCAUUAUGCUUAAUCUCUUGAUAGCUAUUAUUUCAGAGUCAUUUGCUAAAGUCAACGAAGUAUCUGUUCAAGCUAGCUACUAAGAAAAGGCUGACAUCAUUGCUGAAAACAGUUAUCUCAUUCCAGAAAAUGAAGUUUAAAAUUUCUGCCCAGAAAACAAGUAUCUGUUGAUUGCAUCUGAUGUUGCUCAAGAGCUUAAAGAAAAAGGUGAUGCCCUUGAUUACAAGUUGGAAACAAUUAUCAGCAAAGUUAAUGUCCACACAAACCAAGUAGAGCAAAGUCUUAAUGAUUAAAUCAAGGGAGCUAGAGAAAACUUCAAGUCUGAAAUCAAAAGAACACUAGACAUAAUGAAGGAAGAAAAUGGAAAAGUAUUUACAUUGCUAGAUGAAGUUAAGACAAGAAUGGCACUUAGCGAGGCCUGA